UAUUGCCAUGGCAACCUUAAUUACCUUUAAUGAAUGAACUAAACCUCUCCAUGUUGUCCAAUCCUUCUUCUACUCCAUCUUUGGCCCGGCCAUUGUUUGGUGAGAGGUUAAGGAGAAGGCCCCUAAGGAGGAGAGACGACAGGGGCCCUCCUAGUCUCACAGGACUCGUUGUGAUAUCACUCUUACUGUUAUUCGCCAUAUUACUACCAUCACUACUUCACCAAGAGUCAGAGACUAAUGUUAAGGGAAUCAUAAGUAAACUAAUCGAGGAAGAUAUUCCUUUAAUCUUUACGUCGGAAGCUAUCAAUAAUUGCUCUCUCCCAUUUUGGGCGGAUUAUAGAGGUGGGGUCUUUAUUUUAGAUGUAUUCAAUGCUUGCUCAUUUUCUUUACUAAUUGGCGUACUAGUUUCAUUAUUUACUUAUUUCUCUGUCUUUUAUGACUCGCAUACCCCUGGACUCUAUCCCCUCUCACCAAUAUCUCCCAAAAGGAGGUUUAAAACAGAGGGAGUGGUGGUCAGAACUGGUUGGUCUAUUAGUUACAAGAUGGUUCUAGUCAAUGGGAUUGUCUUCUUCUUUCUCUCCAUUUUCUUUUUGAGACAAUAUCUAAAUGUUCCUUUUUGGAAUGUUUAGCAAUUAAAAUAAUUAUAAUAAAUCCACCCAUUAAUAGCAAGGUAUUAUGAUAAAUAUGAAGACAUCAUUAUUAUUAUUUUUAAAAUGAUAUAAAUUUUAUGCAUUCAAUAAUCAGGUUUAAUAUAAUAACAAUUAUUUUUCUCUCAUUUAUUAUCAUCAAUAAGUUAAUCAUUUUUGUGUAUUAAAAAAAUUUAAAUUCAAAGUUGAUCAGGAAUGAGUGUA